AUAUUUUUUACAAACAGGAAUUUUUAUAUAUAAUAAAUUGAUUUUAUAUAUAAAUUUACGGUAACUAAUGCACAUGGUGUAAUAAAUUAGUCAGUUUUUGGUUGUUUAUUUUGUAUUGUUAUGUUUAGUAUAAAUUCUUGGACAAGCUUAAAUAGUUUUGAUGCUUCUUUUGCAUUCACAAAAAAUCCAAUGUUGCAAUAAAUAAAAGAAUUCUUUUUAGAAAAAAAAUUGAAAUAAGAAUAUUCUGUAGGAGAGUAUAAAAGCAGCCAGCUUUUCACUAAAAGAAUCAUUUUUGAGUUUUAUAGCAAAAGUGAAACUUUAAGAGUGAAUUUUGGGAAUGAAGAAUUUUGCUUGUGGAUUCAUCUUCUUGGUGGCUACUUCUUGGAUUACCGCAGUGCCUGAUUACAACUACGUAGAUGAGAUUUAUCAUUGGAAGAAAGUUGAAUUUGAUGGCUUACCCAAGUCAGCGGACUCUUCUGUUGGACCCUACCCGUAUUAUAUACCAGAAAAUAACAAUAUAAACGAUGUUGGAUAUCAUGCAGCCAGUGGAUUAGUGCUGGUUACAAUUUUGAGAGUCAGACCAGGAGUUCCCAUCACAGUUGGUGCUUUCUGUGCCAAGAACUACGAAUUUGGUUCAAGUCCCAAGAUCUGGGGCUUUCCAAACUACGGUUUAAACACGCUUCAGGAUUCGGACUUUGUUAAAGGACCUCUUGAAAAAUAUAAAGGAGAUAAUAUACCCAAUCCUAUUAGACAAGACCACAAUCAAGUUCAUCACAUACCAACCUACUACAAACCUACAAUAUUUCCUAAUUCAGAACAAUCCAAUUUGGACAGAAUAAUUUCUGUGGUCUACAUAACGAUAGACGAUAAAUGCAAUCGAGUUUUUUUCAUGGAUAAUGGACAAUUUAAUUACUUCCGCAAUACCACGUACUUUGUCCGGAAGCCAACUUUAGUUGCAAUUGAUCUUCCAAUGAAUGGUUGUGAAACGAAGGACUUCCUAACAAUUCGUCGAUCAGAAUUUUCAAAUAGAAUUGCUGCCUAUGGAUCAGAUGGAUUUGUCAGCCCCGUAAUUGACUACUACCCAAGUGGGAAGUGCGAUGAGCCUUUUGUCUACAUCCCAAAUGCCUUCUUCAGCAAUCUCUUUGUUUAUGAUUACAAGAAGGAUGAUUUUUGGGUGUUUGAACAUAAGACUUUCCUUCCAGUUAUAUCUGAAUCGUAUUUUAUUUUUGAUAAAACAAUAAAAUACCAAGCAGAAUUCGGCAUCUACGCACUAGCUCUUGGUUUUGCAGAUAAGUACGGUAAUCGCGAUGUUUAUUACGCACCAAUGGCAAGCACAGCACAGUAUUCAGUAUCUACGAAGAUCCUCAAAGAUCGCAGAAAGUUUCCAAUGAACUUCCAUUACGACGAUUUCCACAUAAUGGGCUACAAAGGAGAUCACCAUCAAGUUGUCUCAAUGGCUGUGGACUACAAAUAUGGAAUUUUAUUCUUUGGUGAAGUCCAAUCACAACAAAUACGUUGUUGGAAUAUGAAUAAACCUCUCAAUCCGGACAACAUCGGGGUGAUUUUUGAAUCAGAAAAGCUCCUUGUUGGAUUUGAAGUAAUGAUCGAUUCUGAGGGAUAUUUGUGGUGCACUACAAAUCAAAUUGCUGUAAAUUACCUCACUGAAACCUAUCUAGACCAUGGUAAAGUUAAUACGCAAGUUUUUCGUUUGAAGAUUUCCGAUGCAAUUCAGGGAACUGUUUGUUAUGGUUAAAAACCUUAAAAACUGAAAAAUAAAAAAGGAAAUUGAGUAAAAAA